AUGAAUAAUAGACGACUAGUCUCCAGGUCGCGUUUGAACGACGCAGCAUCUCCUGCCCCUCGUCGCCAGCAACCGCGUGCCUCCGAAACUCCUGCACGUCAGCCCGCGCGACUGACUGAGCUUCCUCCUUACGAACCUCCAGUAUGCGCUCUUUCUUUCCAGGCUCAACAAGCUCUAGAUGCCUUAAGCAACACCUACGACUACAGCAAGUACAGGAGGCAUCUCGAUAGCGCGAAGGGAGUGGUCAGAGAAGCUGCAGCAGAGAGCAAUGACCGACUUGUAACUCGAAAAGAGGCAUUUCCGAGGGCAGUUGAGAGGCGCCGGAAAGAGGGGGUACCAGACGAAGACAAGCCAGAGGCGGAGAUUAAUGACGAGGUCUGCUUGAAAGGAUUCGAAAGGAAUAAUACAAAGUUCACAGCCGAGGCAGAGGAGGCUAUGAGAGAACUGAUCGACUACAGCGAUGAGCUUGCUAUACAAAGCACUAUUAUGAAAGAUGUUGUCCGCGAAAUUAGCUCUACGCCUGCUCCCCGUCGCGCUGUUCCUCGGAGACGGAGAGACGUUGAUAGUGAUGGUGAAGAGCAAGAGGAGGAGGAGGCGGAGGCCGAACCCCCCGCGGCAGAUCCAGAGCAGAUGAGCGCACUUGAACUGCUCAGGCAGGCAAGGGAAGACCGUGCUGCUGAAUAUGCAGCACGAAGCAAGCGGUCAAGGUAUGGUGAUAAUAACGACUACAAAACAUUCAAACAAAUCCUACACGAUGCUCAGAAUCCAAACUCAGGCCUCCAUGUCCCUCAUCCUAGCACUUGGUUCCCCGAAGAGAACGACGAUAAUCCUCGCAGGGGCAGGAAUGACGAUGAUAGUGAUGAAGAAGUCAUUAUUGCCAGUGCUUCCGAAAGUCUGAAGUGCCCUCUGACAUUACGUUACUACGACGACCCCGUCACCAACAACAAAUGCAAGCACACAAUAGACAGAGCAGGACUGGUGGACUAUCAUAGGACGGAAGCUCGUGUCUUCCAAGGCUCACAUGGCAACCGGAAAGUGGCAAAAUGCCCUCAGACUGGCUGUGAUGCAAUGCUUGCAUUGGGCGACUACGAAAGAGAUGAGCUUAUGGCCCGUAAGGUGAAACGAGCUAUCAACAGGGAAAGAUUGCAGCAGCAAGGUAAUGAUGACGAUGAUGACGAAGACGACGGAAAUCCCCGAGGUACUCAGCGAAGUAGACCUGAACAGAUCGAUGAUGAAGAUGAUGAUGACGACAUUGUGGCCGAUAUCGAUGAAGAUAAUAAAGCCAAAGCUGCCAGGAUCAAGCGUGAAAGAGCACGUAGUCGUGGCUUGAGCUUAGCUCCGCCUGCAGUUUCGAUGGAUUCAGACGAGGAGAUGAGUAUGAACUGA